ACUCUGCAUAGACAACCAAUCCCUCACAUCCAUACGGUUUCUAUGCGAGCAUAUACAGCUUUCCAGAAGCCUUCAGAUUUUUUUAACUAGGUUGUCUCGAUGCAAAUAUUCUGCAAGAAGAAGCUUUAGGAGUGAGAGAGAAAUAAACAAUGCCGAGAGGGAAAAUGGAGUUGUCAAAGACGGAUAUCUUGAUGGAGAAUGGUGCUGACUGUCCAGGGGUCCCACUGGAGUGGUUUGUGUCUCUCAUGGGGAGGAAGAUGUCGGCAGAAGAUCCAUAUGAGAAGACGAGGCAGAUCUUCAGUGCAUUUGAUGUACACUGUCAUGCCUUCUUGAAGCUGGAUGACUUCAAAAGCAUUUUCAAGCGAGUUGCCCCUCAUCUGCUGGAGAGGACUGUGUUAGAGGGUUUCUGGUAAGAGUUCAGGCCUCUGUAGAUACAUCAUUCAGAGGGUUCUCUGAUCUGAAUCUCUCAUGUCUCCAUCAUCUUCCUUCUUGAUUUCCUUUUCUAAAGUACAUUACAAGGGCAAAUAGAUCUAAUUAUGCCAUGAAUUUGAAGAAAGGGAUUUUUGUGCUCAUUGCUCAGAAUAGGCCUCCCACUUCAACCUCAGCAACAAGCUGUGUGUUUGGCCAAAGCUUUGUAACUUGAACACCUCCAGUGUGAGUGAAAAUAUUUGAUACAGUCCCAUGUGAGAGCAGCACAGGAGUGUUGCAGUGUUGAGAUCUGGCUGCUCAUUAGGGUUAGAACAGUUCCUUUGUGCCAUGCUCCCUGUGGAGUUUCUCAGCCCCUUUCCACUCCUGUUCAGACCCCAUGGCUGCUCCACGUGUCUCUGUAGAGCUCAUGUUCACCGUCUUGCUCAAAACCUCUCUGAACAGGUGGGAUUACAAGUCUGUGCGUGCUGUGCAUUCACACCCAUUUCAAACAGUUAUCACUAGACCCAGAGCUAUCAGCGGAUCCCAAAGCCAAUAAGACAUUUGACAAUCUCCCACUAAGAUCUCCACAUUACUUAAAUUCAUACUAUGAUGUAUCUAGAGGUUUCAGCUUGUCCCUGUGUUUGCAGUUAUAGUGACACAUUAUUAUCAGCCCUCAGCUGAGUCUCUCUUCUUGGUUUCUACUUCUUUUGAAGAGGUGACGUGGAUACUGUACGCGGUUCUGAGACGGGGGCAAUUAAUCUCUUUCAUCCUUUGUUUGAGGGCUCAAGAGCUCGGAGAUGCGGCACACGUCUCCUUGUGCACAAACGUGUGUGUUUUGGACAGAUUUAGUGCUUUGUUUGAUGUGACUCAUCCUCUGCAGUUGGCCACUGCUGUGAGUUGCAGCUUAUGUUGAGAGAGACACGUUUGUCCUGCAAAGCUGGCAAAUAUAGAGACACCAUCUCACACCACGCAAACCAUGAUCACUGACAGCAAAGAUACUGCAUCCCUCUGAACUUAAGCUCAGCUGACUUACUAGGAGUUGAUAACCUCAGAUCCUCAGUGAGUCAGUGUGUUUUGCUAUGAUUGCAAUGACAUGCCAGUACUGCAUUGACAGAGUGACUUAUGAGUGCAGGAGGCAUUGUAGCAUUUGUUUUUUUUUUUUAUUAAAUGCUGCAGUCGUGCCAGAACCAAAGCGCUAAGUAGUGUUUAUGUCACGAGAAAUAUGUAGCAUGACUUUAGACAUUCGAUUUGUAUCUAGCGACGUCUCAUUUGGCAUUAGGACUGCAGCUAUCAAUUAUUUUGAUAAUCAGCUAAUAUAAUGAUCUAAUAUUAAUCUGCAUUGUAUGGAGGCCCAGUAGUGCACAACAAAACACAGCGAAAUCUCUACCACACUACUAAAUUGCCACAACACAACACGUAGGAUUGAUUUCAUUGUGUUGUGUUAAUUGUGUUGUGUUGCAGCUUGUCUCUGUUGUGCUAACUUAAUUGUGUUGCGGUUUGUUUAUAGUGUUUGACCGAUAUUUCACCAAAGCCGAUAUAUCGGCUAGAGGUCGACCGAUAUUGGUUUUUGCUGAUACCAGUAGCUAGGUUGGACCACACUGGCCGAUACCGAUUAAUUAACCGAUAGUUUUAAAAUGGAUA